UUUUGUUAGUGCAGGAGUAGGGUCACUCUCACACUCCUCCUUCUUUGACGUAUAUCGGUGGAUGAACAACUGCUUAUCUGUUUUGUGGUAGUGUUCCUGUCAGAGGGACCUGGAUACAGACCAGAGCUGGCUGUAUAACUUUUAUGUCGCAACAUGGACAACACACAAUACACUUUUACAGUACCCAAUUACAACCCAGGAGCUGUGCCCCCUGGACUGGAAUAUCUAGCACAGGUUGAUCAGAUCUUGGUACACCAGAAGAUUGAACUUCUUGAAGCUAUUAUUGGGUUUGAGACCAAUAACCAAUAUGAAAUAAAGAACAGCAUGGGUCAGAAGAUCUACAGUGCCAAGGAGCAAAAUGACUGCUGCACGCGCAACUGCUGUGGCCCCCAGCGCAGCUUUGACCUCAAGAUCAAGGAUCAAAACGACCAGGAAGUGAUUCACCUUAUUAAGCCAUUCCGCUGCACUUCCUGCAUGUGCCCCUGCUGUCUGCAAGAGAUGGAGGUCCAGGCCCCCCCAGGGACUACAAUAGGCUACGUGAUUCAGAACUGGCACCCAUUUCUGCCUAAGCUUUCCCUCCUGGGGACAGCCAAUGAGACGCUGCUGACUAUCGAGGGCCCUCUGUGUGCAAUCAGCUGCUGUGGUGAUGUCGACUUUGAUGUGAAGGGCAAGGAUGGGCAUGUGAUUGGCCGCAUCAGUAAACAGUGGAGUGGUCUAAUAAAAGAGGGAUUGACUGAUGCUGAUAACUUUGGCAUCAGCUUCCCCAUGGACCUGGAUGUGAAGAUGAAGGCUGUUCUACUGGGAGCCUGCUUCCUCAUAGAUUUCAUGUUCUUUGAAAAUGUUGGAGACUCAGGUCAGCGGUGCAGUGUAUUUGGAUGAAAAUGACAGAAUACUGUAAUACUGUAAUGUGAAUAUAUAAUCUCAUGAUGGAUACUGUGUGUG